CUAGAUUAAAAUGUCAUGAUUGUCAAAUCAUGUUGAGAAACUGGUGGCAGGGGAAAUGUUUUGCAAUGCGUUUUCCCAGCGUGUUUGUUUAAAAAUAACAAUAUUUUUUGUAUCUAAUUAAAUAAUUAUACGUAGUGAUCUAUUUUAACAAAAUAUAUAAAAUAAAUUAGUGUCGUUUUAUAUUAAUAGUGCUUUUCGGUUCGAGUGAAAACAAUUGGAGAUGACGUCUGUCAUAUCAUAUGAAAAUGAAUGUAAUUUAUGACAUGUGUAUUACUUCAAACAUUAAUAUGUAAUUUAAUAAAUCCUUUAACGAUAUUGUGAUAACAAUACAACAGUGCAAGUCAUGGGUGCUAAACCAAGCACGGCUAACGGUACUCAAAGCCCUCGAACGAGGGCAUUUUCAACAAGUAGCAGUUCCGAAGUUGUCACUGCACCCGGUUUUAGAUUAAUGCGAGCCCUAGGGAAUGAAUUGUCUAACGAUAGACAACGAGCUCGAUCGCUUUCUAGUGUUCCCGAUUUACACGCCAGCCAUGAAACUCUUUCAAUGCCUACAAAUGGGGCUAGCUUCGAUGUUUCGACAGGAGCUAGCCCCGAGACUGAUAGUAGUUCAGCCGAAGAGGCUGGUAGUGUUUUAGGAUCCGCUGCUGCUAACAUAGCUUUAGGAAGAGUGUAUGCUGCUCAUUCUUUACCUUCACAUAUAUGGUCUUUGAAUGGAAUAAAAUGUCCAGUAUGCAGUAAAUUUGUAAUUCCUGAUGAUAUAGAAUGUCAUUUGGUGAUGUGCCUAACUAAACCUCGGCUAUCGUACAACGAAGACGUACUGACUGAUGAUAAAGGAGAAUGUGUCAUAUGUUUAGAAGAAUUAAAUCAAGGUGAUAUAAUAGCUCGCCUUCCUUGCCUUUGUAUAUAUCAUAAGACGUGUAUAGAUCAGUGGUUCGAAGUAAACAGAUCCUGUCCGGAACAUCCAGGCGAUUAGCAUAUUUCUUAAAACAAAAAAAAUCGAUUUAAAAAUGUUGUAAAUAUGUAAAUAUUCUAUUGAAUUGAUUUGAACGAAAAGAAAUAAUGAUUUUUAUUACAAAAUUGACCUAAACGGAAAAAGAAAUGUUACCAAAUAAUGUCGAAGCGAUUUAUUGGACGAGUCAAGAUCGUCUACGAGGGAAGCGGUGAAUGUUCGAGUCGAGCCAUAUAGUGAAAUAUUCAAAAUCAACGAAUCGAUUUUCUAUAUCGGGUAUGUAUUUAACGAUGUGCAAUUUGGGAGCAUAAUUUAUUAUAGAAAAAUGAAACCAUUUUAAAAAAAUAUAUUUGUAAGUUCGUAAUGUGGUUUUAUUGUUUCUAAAUUAUUUUUUAAAAAUAGGAAAACACUUAUCGAAGCGAAUAUUGUAAAUUGGUCAAGUGGUAUAUUGAAUUUGUAGAUUAAAAUCGAAUAUAUACACCUCGAUAUUCAUUAAAUUGUUCUAGGACAUGUUGAUUUAUAUGUUUUCCAUUAUAGACCAUAGUUAGGGGCACUAGAAUGCCCCAAGAAUCGAUAAAUGUCUCAUUUAUAGCUCUGGUAUCAUAAAAUUUACAAAAUUGAGAAUUUAACAUGUACAUUGUUUUUUUUUCACUUCACUAGAGGCCUACAAAAAAAUUAUUUAUAUGGAACUUGUUAAUUUACAUGUUUCGAUAUACUUUGUGGCACUAGAAUACCCCCAGUAUCGAUAAAUGUCUCAUUUAUAGCUCUGGUUUCAUAAAAUUUACAAAAUUAUGAAUUGAACAUGCACAUUGAUGCUUUUUCACAACUCUAGAACCCUAAAAACCAGAAAUUUAUAUAAGGCAUAUCAAUUUACAUGCUUGGACAUACUUUGAGACACAUUUAUAAUACCAGUGACCUAUAGGUUAUGUAAAAAUUUAUUUGGAGAGAGUUAAUUAUUGAUUUUGACCUUAUUUCUGUCUCUUUAUCAGGCCCAGAGUCUUUGAAAGUGUCACGAGACUUAUUUUUCAUAUUUGUCAAUACUUUGGAGAUGUAAUGUACCCCCAAUUAUUGCAAAUGUCUCAUGUAUAUUAUAGACAGGUAUCGAAUGUAGCACCGGAGUCCCAAAAAUCAAAAAAAUUUAUACGGGACAUAUUAAUUUACAUAAUUUUUCUUGAUUGGACGUACUGUGAAGAGCCAGAAUGAUUCUAAUGUAGAAAAAUGUCUCAUAUUAAUGUGAGGAAUGACAUUUCAUGUAUUUCCAUGUUUGACUAUUCUUUAAAUGGUCUCAUAUGAAGCACAAGGGCCCCUAAAGUCGGAAAUACAUACAGGGUUCAUGAAUUUACAUGUUUUUUAUAAUUGGAGGUACUUUGGAGAACUAGAGAUGAUUCGGUAUAGAAAAAUGUCUCAAAUAUAGCCCCAUUGACCUAAAAACUAUAAAAAUGAAUGUGAGAAAUUUCAAUUCAUGGUAUUUCAUGUUUGACUAUCCUUAAAAAGGUCUCAUAUGCAGUUCCAGGGCUUAUAAAGUCAGAUAUAUAUACAGGGUUCAAGAAUUUACAUGUUUUUUUUAUGAUUGGAGGUACUUUGGAAGACUAAAGAUGAUUCGGUAUCGAAAUAUGCUCAUAUAUAGCCCCAUUGACUUAAAAUCUAUGAAAAUAAAUACGAGGAAUGUCAAUUAAUGUAUUUUCAUGUUUGACUAUCCUUAAAAAGGUCUCUUAUGAUUAUUAUAUAUAUAUAUCAAAAACUAAAAAAAAUGAUGUGGGGAAUAGUAAUUUAUAUUUUUUCACUUUUAUCUAUCCUCAUAAUGGUCCCAAUUUCAAAAAUAGUACCAUUUACAGCUCUAGGCACAAAUAGAACAUCAUGAAAACAUAUAAAAAAUAGUCGAAUCAUUUUUUUUGAAAAUUUGUUGGACAUUAAACAAAUUUAAUAUUAUUGCUAAUAUUAGCGGUUUUGAAAACUUCUAAGUCAUAGUUAGUCCACGAUGUCAGUCACUAUGACUUCAUUUUGGUUUUGUACUAAAAAUAAAUUCAAUAUACUCCCUUAAAUCGAUCAAUAUACAAUAUUUUCACCAAAUUAUCCCAAUAUUUCUUUCCAAAAAUAUAUUUUUGAUACUAUCGUAUGGCUGCUGUUUAUUAUUAUAUUUCAUUUCGGUUCAACUAUUUUGUAAAUUCAUUACGGAUGGCAUGUUUGUAAUUUUAGGCGAAUAAAUAGUUUUUAAUUCACUGAUAGGGGAGGUUUAGGUUUAGUCAUCACGUUUUACAGACUGACAUUGUGAUUGGAUAAAACAAACUGAAAUAAAAGCGAUUUGUCGAAGAUAUUUUUUGGAAAUUCUAUAGUAAUUGCAGGUCAUUAUUAUUAUUUUUUUCUUGCAAAAAUAUGAAUUUUUUUUUAAUUAUUUUCCACCUUCAAUUUCAAUAUUGGAAAUUUGGUGUCGAAAGAUAACUUUGGCAAACGUUUUCGGGUCGAUUAAGGCCCUUUUGUAACUUUGUAUCGAUAGCAACUAGUUUUUAAGCAAAACAUUAUGUACAGACGAUUUUUUUAUGUACUUUGAACUAUACAAACGAAAUUCGGUUUAUUUACUUUAAUGAAAUGUGUACUUUAGGGCAAUAAUCACUAAUGGUUGACUAGAUUUCUAUUUUUUUUUAUUAAUUUUACCAUAAGCUUGUCAAAAUGGUGUAUCGAAGAAAAUUAUGACUAUGUUAAAGUAUUACCAUAACCCCAUUUGUCCUACCAAUAUUUUUGCUCUGUAUGCAAUCAAAAAUCAAAAUAAUUCGGUGAAGUUUUUUUUUUUAAUAAUUAAUUGGGUCUUAAAUGAAUAAAUUUGAAGCUCCAUCUUUACCUAUACAUACCAUAAUUUGACCAAGCAGGUGCUGAGUAUCCCCAUGGAAUAUCUCAAAUUAAACCGAUGAAGGCAUAGGUGAUGUAAAUAAUCUUAGAUUUAUCUAGGAUUCAUCGCUGAAGUUAGAGUCAUCCGUCUCCAAAAGAUUCCUCCUGAAAGAAUCCUAUUGUUGAGUUUUUCGCCAGUUAGACUCCAAUCUAAUAAUUUAUCCAUCCGUUUAGUUGGAUAUGUGAUAUCUUCUUGAGACUACAGUAGGGCUCAAAUCCGACAAGACUUAAUACUCCCUAAUUGCAUCAUUUCCUGCUAAACCCUGAUGAUCUGGUAACAAUAUUGUUUCCGUUAAACCGUGCUGUUAAGGUUAGUGGUAUGGUAUAGUCCAACAAUGCCAACAAUCCAGCUUCUUUUGCUAAUUUGGAAUCACCUCGAUGGUAACAUCAAUUGCUCUUGUAGCAAAAAACAAUUUCUCGAAUGUAAUACCUUUGGGUGAUCAUCUUGACACUUUUUCACUCUCACAUUCAACUUAAUUGAUGCUAAUGCAUGUUCGAAACCAUUUGACUUUAAUAAAGAGUAUAUUCGUCUAGUACAGUGGUUCAGGUGAACCCCCAUGGGCCCAAGGGAGAAUUGUUUACUUAAAUUUAGAUCCCUAUUUUUUAGGUCCUUUUAUAUGUUUUUUUUUGCAAAAUUGUUUUGAUUUUAGGUUUUUUCGAAAUUAAAACGUAAAAAUAUUGACGUUUCGAUCUAUUAAAAUAUCAAUUGUGCUCAAAUUUGUCUAUUUUAUCUUUUUGAAGCAAAUCUAGUCUCCCAUUUCUCGAAAAAUGCAACUAAAAAGUUGUUGAACUAAUUUUUUUUUUUCAAAAAUUAACAUUUAAAUCUUGAUUUUUUUAUUUACCCUUUUGUGCGAAUUAACGUGAAUGACCAAAAAAAAAUCAUUUUAUUUACCUUCAAUUUCGAUUUUCAUCACUUUCCUAUAUAUACAACUUUUGCGAUACCCCCCGUAACAUAGAAACCAACUAUUAAAUUUUGUUUUAUAUAAAUUUUUUUAAUGGUGUUUUUAAAAUUUUCACAAUAAAUCGCACAAAAAAAGUAAAUAACGGUUGAUUUUAAUGUUUUUUUUAAUCUAUGGAGAUAGGCAGCUAAGACAAUUCAAUAAACAUCAUUUUUGUUAAAUGAUCGGGUGAUUGCAAUUUCAUACAAAUAUAUUUAUUUUUCACAGAUUUUAAUUAUUAUUGUGACUAAUUUUCACAACUUGUUGUAAAAAUUAUUUUUACUACAAAUUACCGGUUACUAGAAACACACAGUGACAUAACCUCAAUUUAAUUUCAACACACGGAACAUGGCUGGAUCGUGUUAAUUUUUUUACCGAUUGCGUUCUAUCCAUAGAUAAAGUGUUGAUAUUUCUAUGGUUCUGUCCUAAAAAUUUCUACUUUUUCUGUGUAAACAUUACAGCCACAUAUUUUUUUAUUAAUUUCGGAAACAACCAAAGACUUUUUUUUUAAUAAAGUGAUUAUACGUUUUUAAGGUGCUAUUGUGACUAUUGUAAUUGUUACCUAUAUUUUUAGUACGAGAUUAUUGAAACAUUUGAACUAUUUAGAAAUUCGUUUUUAUGUUGAAUUUUGUAUUUGUUGCUUCGAAAAAUAAAAAAAACUUCUUCUAAAGAAGUGCCAUAUUUUCAUCAUUAAAUAAAAAUGAAUAUCUAGGAUAUAGCCUUGUAGUAACAAUAAAAUUGUAAUAUUUUC